UUCACAAAUGUACACAGAGCACAUUAACAAUAUCUUUAUUAGUUCAAAUGAUAAUAUUUACCAUAUACUGUAUAUGAGUUCAUGCAAAAAAAGUGUAGCCAUGCUGGACUAAUAACUGCACAGUUUUUUUUUUAUAAAGUUUAUACAUAAGUGCACUGUGAAUCCAUGGAAAUGACGUUUAUGUUGCAGCUAAACACCUUACAAAUUCACAUCUGUGAGUAAUAAGCAGUAACCAAUCCAAGCCUCAUUGAUCAGAAACACAUGAACACGUCUAUUACAAUAAAUGAUAAUAAUAUACAUCUUACAGGAGUAGAACAUGUACAAUAAAACGUGUGCAUUUGUUGCACAUAACACAUGUUGACAUUCUCAAAAGGCACCAUCUGUCACCACUCCAGGGUCUUUGAGGUGGGUGUGGGUGUUGUGUACUGUACAAAUUUCACAUCCCCUGAAGCAAAUUUGUGAUGUUGGGCUGUAAAGACCACUGACUUGACUUGGCAAUUACUCUUGUAAGCAUAUAUAUGAACACGUGCCGCACAAACUGAAAAUAUGCUGUCACAUAUAUUGUACACCACAAUUACCGUCAGAACCGUUCAUAUUUGGGUAAUCAAAUUACAUGCAUUCAUUAUACUUAAUUAUGCAAGAUAAGUCAAUGUACAGUAAACGUGUGUGUGGUAUAUUGUUUUUCUUGCAAAUGAGGAUGGACACAUGUUGACAUAUAAAAAUACGGCUGUUGCAUGAUAUGUAAAACCAUGUUAACAUAUUAAACAUAUCAGUGUCUGGGCUUUUUGUUUGGGUGCCAAAUAAAACGUUUUUAAAAUGUUUUUUCUCCUCUCACACUUUUCUUUCCUGAGUUUUUCCAUCUUUCUAAAUGAUAUUGGUGCAUCCAAAAAUUACAUAACCUCUGGUGGAUUAUGAUUAGAGUUGGUUUCUGAUAUUGUCCCUCAUUCUGAAAAUGUCUGCAUCACAUCUGCCUCAUUUCAGGCCCUUUCAGUACAACAGGGCAGCUUACAUUUCACAGGGAUGAUAAGACUUUGCAGGAAAUGAAACUACAUCACAUGUUGUAGUAAUAAUAGUAAUAUAUUGUAGUAACACAUCUGAUAUAUCAGAUGAUAAAAAUGCAGCAUAUGUUCAAUAUAAACUAACCGGACUGUUGACCUUCAGACACGCAGAUCUUUAUAUUAUUAAUAGCUACUAUUGUUAUUAGUAUUACAUCAUUAUCCUCUUGGCCAGCCGACUCUGCAGCAGAUUACUGCGAUGCUCCGAUGAAUCUGCUGACUCUCCCUGCCCCUAGAAAAAAAUAAAUAAAAAAAGACUUGCUUCUCUGCUGAGUCAUGCAUUGUGCCUCACAAUAAUGUUAUCAAUAGUCUGGGCAGUCUACUUUGAACCCGUACGCUCUCCACGAUUUCCUCAACGAUGCUUCACGUAUGUCAGUCAGUGUCUUUAUUUUCAUCCUGAGCUUUCGGCGACAUAACGGCAGGAGAGGAGCCAGCUGUCUGAGGCUGCGGGAUCUGUCCUACAUCUCGCCUUAUGAUGAUUGCUGCGGCGUUUUUGGUCCUGUUAAGGCCGUACAGUAUUCAAUGUGUGCUGCUUUUGUUGUUGCUUUUGCUCGGGACUAUAGCGACAAUUUUGUUUUUCUGCUGCUGGCAUCGCAGGCUCCGUAAUGGAAAGCAUCCAAUAAAAUCUGUGCUCUCCGGACGCACCAAAAGCCGCGUUGGCCUGCGAUCACAUCAUUUUCGAUCAGAGGGCUUCAGGCACAGUCCACGUCACGCAAGAAGGAGCACACAUGCUCGAGUGACAGAGGAAAAACCCAAUCUGGUCGAGAUCCCUGAGAGCGAACCAGAUUCAUCAUCAAGUCUAAGAAAACGCAAAGUGAAGAAGAGAGUCCUGCCAGAAUUUUACCAAUCUGUACAAGUCACCCCCACACGCAAACCUAGCUCCAGUUCGGGGAACCCUUCCCUGCACGGCUCCAUGUCUUCCUCAGCGGAUUUCUCAGACGAGGAUGAUUACAGCGUUAAGUCUGGGUCGGCAUCACCGGCACCCGGAGACACUUUACCCUGGAACCUGCCCAGACAUGAGCGGUCCAAGAGGAAAAUCCACGGAGGAUCCGUGCUGGACCCGGCUGAGAGAGCCGUGCUCAGGAUCGCAGAUGAAAGAGACAGAGUGCAGAAGAAGACAUUUACAAAAUGGAUAAAUCAGCAUCUGAUGAAGGUACGGAAGCAUAUAAAUGACCUGUAUGAAGACCUACGAGAUGGACAUAACUUGAUCUCACUGCUGGAGGUUUUGUCUGGAGACACAUUGCCAAGGGAGCGUGAUUUUCUGAAGACAUUGCGGUUGGUGAGUGGGACAGAAGCAUGUGCAGUUGAGCAGCAUGGAGACACGGUGGAUGAUGAUAAGGGGCCUCGGGAGAGAGGCAGGAUGCGCUUCCACAGGCUCCAGAAUGUACAAAUAGCACUGGAUUAUUUAAAGAGGCGGCAGGUCAAACUUGUAAAUAUCAGGAAUGAUGAUAUCACAGACGGGAACCCAAAACUGACCCUGGGAUUGAUCUGGACCAUAAUUCUGCACUUUCAGAUUUCAGAGAUCCACGUGACAGGGGAGUCCGAGGACAUGACAGCCAAGGAGAGGCUGCUGCUCUGGUCCAAGCAGAUAACAGAGGGCUACGUAGGCGUACGAUGUGAUAACUUCACAACCUCUUGGAGGGAUGGGAGGCUUUUUAACGCCAUUAUUCAUAAAUACAGGCCAGACAUGGUUGACAUGAGCCGUGUGUCGACACAGACCAACCGAUCCAAUUUGGAGCAGGCGUUUACCGUAGCCGAGCAGCUGGGGGUGGCCAGACUCCUGGACCCUGAGGAUGUCGACGUUCAGUCUCCAGAUGAAAAAUCUGUCAUCACAUAUGUCUCAACACUGUAUGAUGCCUUCCCCAAAGUACCUGAUGGUGCUGAUGGAGUCAGUCCUAAUGAUGUUGAUAUCAAAUGGGUGGAGUACCAAAACAUGAUCAAAUACCUCAGCCAGUGGAUCAAACACAAUGUGGCCGUAAUGUCUGAUAGAUCAUUCCCCAACAACCCUGUGGAACUUAAGGCACUUUAUACACAGUAUCUGCAGUUUAAAGAGCAUGACAUCCCCCUGAAAGAGAACGAGAAGACAAAAAUCAAAAACCUCUAUAAAAUGCUUGAGAUGUGGAUCGAGUUUGGACGUAUUCAGUUACCCCAGGGUCAUCAUCCUAAUGAUGUGGAAAAGGAAUGGGGUAAAUUAAUUGUUGCCAUGCUGGAAAGAGAGAAGAGCCUGAGGCCUGAGGUGGAAAGACUUGAGAUGUUGCAACAGAUUGCCAACAGGGUCCAGCGGGACUGUGUUAACGGGGAGGACAAGCUGGCGCUGGCAAGAACUGCCUUGCAGUCUGAUGCAAAACGUCUUGAGUCUGGGAUUCAGUUCCUAAAUGAAGCUGAGAUUGCUGGCUACCUUUUGGAGUGUGAGAAUAUCCUCAGACAGCAAGUGGUGGACAUCCAGAUUCUUCUUGAUGGCAAAUUCCCCUUUACAGAUCAACUUGUCCAGAGGGUAUCAAAACUUCGGGAUGACCUCUUAGCCCUGAGAGCAGAGUGUUCUUCUGUGUACAGCAAAGGUCGUACCCUGACAACAGAACAAACCAAAAUGAUGAUCUCAGGCAUCACACAAAGCCUGAACUCUGGCUUCUCGCAGAACAUCAAUACUAGCCUGACGCCAGCCCUCACUCCUGCACUCACUCCAGGAGGGAUAGGUACCCCUGGGACCACCUUCACCUCUAGCCUUACACCGUGCCUCACGCCAUCCUUGACCCCUGCCUUGACUCCCAGUCUGCAGCCCGCUUCAGUCCAGAGCUACAUGGGGAGCGGUGGUAGCAUGGACCCAGGCAGCCUCAGGCAUUUGAAACACAUGCAGAUCCGCAAGCCCUUACUCAAAUCCUCAAUGACGGACCCCAACAUGACAGAAGAAGAAGUCAACAUGAAAUUUGUUCAGGACCUCCUCAACUGGGUGGAAGAGAUGCAGUUGCUGCUAGAUCGUUCAGAGUGGGGAUCUGAUUUGCCAAGUGUGGAAACACAUUUAGAGAACCACAAAAGUGUGCAUAGAGCGAUUGAAGAAUUUCAAAUGAGUCUUAAAGAAGCCAAGCUGAGUGAGAUUCAGAUGAACAUACCCCUGAAAAUAACUUACUCUGACAAACUGAACAAACUAGAGAAGCAGUACGAAAGACUGUUGAGCUGUUCAAGAGAGCGACAAAGCCACCUGGAAAGCCUCCAUGACUUUGUGUCCCAGGCCACUCAGGAGCUCAUCUGGCUGAACGAGAAGGAGGAAGAGGAGGUUGCCUUCGACUGGAGUGAUCGCAACAGCAGCAUCUCCAAGAAAAGAGACUACCAUGCUGACCUGAUGAGGGAGCUGGAUGAAAAGGAGGAUGCGAUCAAGUCCGUGCAGGACAAGGCAGAACGCCUUAUGCUCAAGAACCACCCAGCCAGGCUCACUAUUGAAGCCUACAGAGCCGCCAUGCAGACACAGUGGAGCUGGAUUUUGCAGCUCUGCUCGUGUGUAGAACAGCAUCUCAAGGAGAAUGCUCUUUAUUUUGAGUUUUUCAGCGAUGCCAAAGAGUCCAUGGACUACCUUAAGAACCUGCAAGAUGCCAUUCAAAGAAAAUACAGCUGUGAUCAAACAAGCAGCCUACACAGACUGGAAGAUCUCAUUCAGGAGUCCAUGGAUGAGAAAGAGCAGCUUCUUCAGUACCGCAGCACUGUGGCUGGGUUAGUGGGCAGAGCCAAGAAUAUUGUGCAGCUCAGGCCCAGGAACCCCGAAAGCCCCUUGAGAUCCUCCAUCCCUGUUAAAGCCAUCUGUGAUUAUCGUCAGAUUGAGAUUACCAUAUAUAAAGAUGAUGAGUGUGUGUUGGCCAAUAACUCUCACCGGGCCAAGUGGAAAGUCAUCAAUCCAUCAGGGAAUGAGGCCAUGGUGCCCUCUGUGUGUUUCACUGUGCCCCCACCCAACAAAGAGGCUGCUGAUAUGGCUGCAAGAACUGAGCAGUUAUACCAGAAUGUCCUGGCACUGUGGCACCACUCCCACAUCAACAUGAAGAGUGUGGUGUCUUGGCAUUAUCUAACAGAUGACAUACGAGCCAUCCGCAAUUGGAAUGUGGCCUCGAUAAAGACCAUGUUACCAGGUGAGCAUCAGCAGGUCUUGAGCAACCUGCAGUCUCACUUCGACGAGUUUGUGGAAGACAGCGAGGAGUCCGAGGUGUUCACAGUGGCAGACUGUACCCAGCUAGAGAGAGACGUCAUGGCCUGCAAGGAGUACUACCAGGAUCUACUUCGAUCUGCAGAAAGAGAGGAACACGAGGAGUCGGUCUACAAUCAUUACAUCUCAGAAAUACGCAACUUCCGGAUGCAUCUGGAGGCCCAUGAAGAACACCUGAUCAGGCAACUUCGCACACCGCUGGAGAGAGACGAUCUGGAGCAGAGUCUGCAGCGCAUCACAGAGCAUGAGAAGAAAACAGCAGAGCUGAAUAAACUGAAGGAAGACCUUGAUGUUAUGAAGGAGAAGUGUGAGCUAUUCCUCAGACAGGCUGCAGGUUCUCCUUCUGUGCCGAAACUUUCGUCUGAACUCACCGUCCUCGUUCAGAGCAUGAGCCAAAUCUACUCCAUGUCCUCCAUUUAUAUGGACAAACUGAAAACGGUGAGCCUGGUGGUGAAGCACAGCCAGAGUGCCGAGGCCCUAGUUAAGACCUACGAAUCCAAACUUUAUGAGGAAGAUGCUAUGAACUCUGACAUCAAGUCCAUUGAGGCCGUAAUAUCAACACUUAAGCAAUGGAGGACAGAGAUAGAUGAGAAGCAGGAGGUUUUCCAUGACAUGGAGGACGAACUGCAGAAAGCACGCGUCAUCAGUGACCGCAUGUUUAAGGCACAUAACGAACGCGAUUUUGACCUCGACUGGCACAAGGAGAAAGCUGAUCAGCUGAGUGAGAGAUGGCAAAACAUUCACUCCCAGAUCGAUAGCAGACUUCGAGACCUGGAUGGUAUCAGCAAAUCUCUGAAACACUACAGAGACUCCUACUGCAGUCUUGAUGAAUGGAUCACAGAAAUGGAAGCAGCACAGCUAAAGGCCCAAGAAAACAAACCUGAAGAUAGCAAGGCAUUGGCUGAGCUGUUAAAUAAACAGAAGGUCCUUGUUGCUGAAAUUGAGCAAAAACAGAGCAGAAUUGAUGAGUGUCAGAAGUACUCAGAGCAGUACUCAUCUGCAAUUAAGGAUUAUGAACUUCAGCUAAUGACCUUCAGGGCAAUGGUUGACUCGCAGCACAAGUCCCCACUCAAGAAACGUAGGAUGCAGAGCUCCUCUGAUGCCAUUCAGCAGGAGUUUAUGGAUCUCCGAACCCGCUACACUGCUCUUGUGACUCUCAUUACACAAUAUGUGAAGUUUGCCAGUGAAACACUGAAAAGAACUGAAGACGAGGAGAGAUCUGUUGAUGAGGAGAAGAGAGAGCAUGAUGAUAAAGUUAGCAAACUCUUGCACUGGAUGUCCAAUAUGAAACAGAACCCAAACAAUUAUGGGAAUACUCUGAAAGAUAGCAAUGCCAACACAGAUGCUUCUAAUAAGCCCCAGGUGUCUGUCGAGGAAAUGGUCACUAAGAAGGAACAAAUUGCAGAAGCAUUGAGGGCUACCCAAAUGAUGCUGAACAAACACAGUGACAAAAUGACAGAAGAGGAAAGAGAAAAGGCCCAGGAGCAACUGAAGGCACUCAAUCAGGCCUACAGUGAACUCUCUCAACGUUGUUCAGCUCAGACAUCCUCUGCAGAAGAGGUUUUUAAAUCCACUGAUGCAGGGCUCUCCACUGUAUCCAUGAGUGGCCUGAUUGAUCAGAUAACUGGUGUCACUCUCCCUGAAGCCCAACCUGUGACCUCCAACCCUGUUCAGUCUGAGCCGCAUGUCCGUCUGGACUGGGAUGAUCCUUUCAAACAAGAUCUCAUUUAUAAAUCUUCAUUGGACCACUUGCCACAGCUGAAUGAAUCAAGCAAGUGCAUACAGAGCUCACAUAUCUCUUCCGUGUCACUCUCUGACAUAGCAGCAACUCGGGAUGGGGCCACAUGUGAAGACCCAAUCAUCAAGAUGAUAGAGGUCAAACAAGUCAGUGAUGGACUGAAGGUGUCCUACACUGGGGACACAAUGACUCUGGAGAGGGCAUUUCAGUGUGGUUUAAUACCUGCUUCUGUCUAUGUAAAGAUACUUCAGAAGCAAAAGAUCUGUCAGGAAGAUGUGUCGCUCUUAAAACCUGUGGAGGAGGUUGAACCUUGUGAAGUCAAUAGAUUGAUAUUGAAGUGCCUCAGCAGAAAUAAAUCACCAUCAGGGAGGAAUAUUCACACCCUAAGGUCUUCUUCUGAUAGUUUAAGUGAUCAGGAGGCCAUAUUGAUGCUGUCAGGUGCUCAGGUAGAUGUAGGUGCCCCCAUUGAAGGUCAAAACAUAACUGCUGGUGUGUCAGAGGAUGUUAAGAGUGGCAUGGAGAACCUCCCAAACAGUUAUGGGCUAAAGGUAGAUGCAGCUGUUCAGUGUGAUUUGAUGAGCUCUAGCAGCACACUAACUGUGCUUGGAAAUCAGCAGUUUAUGGGACUCGUGUUGCCUUCCUCUGGAGGAAUCCAAACUGUAUCCACCUCAUUCGAGUACGAUCAACAAACCGCCACCAGCGAGUUUACCAGCAUGCUGUUCAGUAAUCGGGAGAAAAUAGCAGCUUUUUACAUUCCAGAAAAUUCAGAGGUUAUAGACAUCGCCUCUGCUAUUCAAGCUGGUCUGAUUGACAGUUACACAGCAGAUAACUUGAAAUCUAUAGAAAUUCCAGAUGAAUUUCCUAAUGUUGAUCACCUUAAUGAAAAAUUUUCAUCUUGGCUUAUGUACAAAAAACUAACCGUUGAUGGAUGCUAUCAAGCUGCAGAUAGCUUGAAAGUUUUUAACAUCCCUACUCAGGCAGAGGCCAAGCAGUUAUUCAUAUCCUACCUAAUGAUAAACAGUUACAUAGAUCCCAAGUCAAGACAAAGGGUCCUAAUAUUUGAUAAACAGCUGAGUAAAAUGGUUAAAAUCUUUCUUGAUGAUUCAAUAUCAGCUGAAAACACUGAGAAAAAGGUAACCUCUCUUACCUUGAAUGUUGGUGGGCUUUCAGAACAGGUAGAUUUAGAGAUCCCGCUGCAUAUAAAUGAGGAAACAGAGGAGUUGGUGAGAUGCACAGUAGUUGGGAAUAGUUUUGUUUCUUCAAUCAAGGGAAGAAUUACCUUUGAUGAUAAAUCAUAUCCAAAUGACAAGGCCCUAAACCAAGAUCCUGUCACAGAAGUUUUAGGGGAUAAUGACAUUCAUUCGGAUACCCCAGAGCCUGGUCUAUCAGAGAAAACCAUGGGUCCCAAGAACAUAAACUGGACAAAGUCAAGUGAAUUUGAGGAGAGAAUUUGUAGAAAUAGUUUACAAAUUGAUGUGGAAGGCGCUUACAGUGAAGGUGUUGAUAUUCCAACUGUUUCAGGGGCAUCAGUCCCUCCCACUGUAUAUUCUAUGAACAGAACAAAUGUUGGUUCACCUUCAAGGAUGUUUGACUCAGAGGGUUUAGUAAAGUCUUGUCAUCUAACACUGGCAUACCACGAUGCUGAGUCACUUCGUAAUGAGUCAGAAGGUACAGACGUUACCCAAACUGAGUUUUUAUUCUCUGAGAACUUGGUGGACGCUGAAAAUGAGCAAGACUGUGUUAUUCAUGUUCAGUUCGAGGAAAGGGACACUUUGGAUGUGACUUCUGGGAGACAUCAUGACCUAGAGACAGCUCUCAGUACAGACCUAAUGGACGAGAUGACAAUACUGGAACUGCUUGACCUACAGUCUGAUGAAAAAGGAAGUGUUGUAGGUGAUGAGGAGGGUGUAAUGUCUGUUUUAAAACAGAUGAUGUCUGAUGGAUCUAUACCCUCAAAUAUUGCUAUAAUGGAACAACAGAGCCUAUUGAGGUCUGAUUGCUCCAUUAGUAUCAGUCAGUCAUUGCAGUCUAGGUUAGUUAAAGAUGAAUUUGUUGGCGGGAUCCUGAACUCAGACCCCACAUCCAGCCUUUUCCCAGAAGAAAGCUGCACUGACUCCAUCAGUAAUUUGGGUUUAAUUAAUAUUAAUGAGGCUGACACCAUGCCGCAGCUGAUUGAGAGGACGGUUGCUGUCAUGGUGCCUGAUCAGGCUGAUGAGGAGGCUGAUAACAAAGAGAUGGAGAGUGGGAAUGGAGAUGCAGAGGAAGACUGGAAGACAACAGGAAACAUGGAGAUGAGUAAUUAUCUACACCAUUCCCCUUUGCCGGUCGGUGGUCACAAGUCUCUGAUGGGCUCACCCCCCUCGUGGAAUCAAGUUACUGCAGAGUGUGUUCAUCACUCUGGCGAGUCAUCUUUACUGGCUGAAGAUGGUGACUCACACAGUGUAAUCAAUAGCCUGUUGACAGAUGCAGCUGAUGAAUCCAGUGCUGCGAUAGAAGAUGCUGUUCCAACUACUCAGCCACGUCCAUCUAUUCUGACUGACAGAACUGAUCUACAAAGCCAGUCUCAGCAUUCCACUUCCCCCAGCUACUCUAAACCUGACAGCUCACUCUAUGAUGAUGAGUUUUUCAUUGCUGGAUUUGAUGCAGAAUUGGAAAAUCGGACACAUAAUGAGAGUCAGUUAGACAUGUCCUCAUCACAUCGUAAUGUGUUGUCUGAAGAAAGUAGAGAGAGGAAUGACAUAAGUGCAGUUCAGUCACCUUUUCACAGUGAGCCAGCGCCAAGUAGUGAUUACUCAUCACCCAGGGAUUUAGUCGAAAGUGCCUUCAUCUCAGUUUCCAGGGGUAACAGUGACUAUGAAAACAACAUCACAGAAGAAGGCAGCAGAGUGACAUUACCUCAGCAGGCAGCAUUUCAUUCAGAAAGUGAUUUUGGUGUUGAACCUGAGCCCAGUCAGAAUAUGCUUGUGGGAGAGAGAUCUUCGCAGUUACUUGUUGCUUCAGAUGAAGUCCCUACAACAAUUAGUAUCAGUCUAAAGUGUUUUGAUCUAGGAGAUUUAGAGAAUGACACUCAAACUACCACCAGAGUUUCUCUUGAAGCAAUACCAGCUGAAGAUUUGUCAGGCUCACAGCGCAGCACAGACUGUCUGUCCUUAGAGAUGCAGCAUGAUGGCUUUUUCACAGUCACCAGUGAUACAGAAAAGAUCUCUGAAUCAAGAUAUGCACAGACGCCAGAUAUAAGUGAUGAACAAAAUGCAGAUAUUGCUAGGAAAGUCCCAGAAGUAUCAGAAAUGACCUCAGGGCAGUCUGAAACUGGAAUGGGAGUAAAGCUAAGAUCUGAUAUACCACCAGAGGAAAAACGAUUAGAUGUGUGUGCUUCUGAGCAUCCUUAUGUAGAUACUGGUUUCCUGUCAGACAGUUGCGUUACAUCUGACUCCUCUUCUUCCCCAUCAGUGUUUUCUGAUGCUGUGAGGACACAUAUAGACAGCCAGGGGGAAUUUACAGAGGUGAUUAAUGUCAGUGAUUUGCACAAGGCACAAACUCAAGAUAUUGACAGCACUAUUGCUACAGCAAAUCCUCCACAGACUAUAGAAAAAUGCAGUUUUCAUGAGAGAGAUACACCUCAUGGAAUCAUGGAGAACAGUCACCCAGACCUUCUCAUGGAUUUGCUAAGGCAAAAUGCCCUCCGUUUAAACACCAAAGAAGAAGGAAACUUAGAGCUGACACUGCUGGAAGACAAAGUCAGUGAAAAGACAGAACAGUCUGAUGCUCCAAAUGCCCAGCUGCAACUGCUGCAGGUUCUUAAGACUGUUUCCUCAAGCCAAGACCUUUCAUUGCUCCAGGAAGUGAUGGAGACGCUAAACGCUGCUCUGGGGGGUGACUCUCAGGAGGAGCGGCAGCACACACUGGAGAGCAUCAAGGAGGAGAGCUCAGAGGGAGAAGACGAAGGUUCAGCAGAAGAUGACUUGUGUCACUCUGCUGCACAGAAUCACCAACCGUCUCCGCGGUCCUCUGCCAGCUCAGAUGCCUGUAACAUCGAGCAGGUCAAAAAUAAGCUUUUCUCAAUCCAGGAUUAUUUGGAGUGUGUUGGGAGACUGCAGGACCAUGCAGAUGUUUUAGAUGAUGUUAGAAAAGGCCUUUUAAUCCAGACACCCGUAGGAAACAACAUGGAGGAAUUGCAGAUCCAAGUAGAGGAAUGUCAGUCUCUGGAGUCCCAACUUUCUAGCCUGGCUGGUGUUCUGACAGCAGAUAUGGAAAAAGCCAAAGAACUCUUAAAUUCUGCAAAUAAGGGUAUUCCCAUACAAAUCCAUCAAGAUUUGGCUUCGACAUAUUUGGAGUUAGAGCCAAAUUUUACUGCUGUUUCCCAAUUGUGUGCAGAAAGGAAUCAGUUCUUGAUUCAAGCAUUGGAAACAGGAAAGGUACAUUUGGAAUCAGUGUAUCAGAAACAUCUCAGUGAUCUUGAUGAACUAGUGGGCCUCAUUCAAAACAAUUCGGAGAUGACUGAUAUGGAUUUUAACACGUGUGAUGUGGACACGCUGAAACAUUUGAUUCAGCAGAACAAGGACACGGAGAGCAACCUGCUAAAAGAAGCCAGGCUCAAGUUAGAGGAUGUCACAUUUGAUAUCCAGUGCUUUAUUUCUGAGCACGCUCAGUUCCUGAGUCCAGCUCAGAGCAGCUCCCUCCUCAAGUCCCUCAGCAGCACACAGCGAGCGUUCAGGGACCAGACAGAGAGGCUGGUUACCCAUAGGAGCACCUUGGAUGUCCUACUGGACACCAGGGAGAGCGAAAACCAGGAGAAGUCUGUACUGGCAAAACACAAGGAGUUUGCAGACAAGUUGGAGGAAGUGUGUGAUAAUCUCACCCUGACGGAAAACCACCUGAUUGGUCAUCAGCAACAGGCUGAAAAUGCUGAGAGUGUCACAGACCUGCAGCAGUACCAGCAGGAGCAUCAGGCUCUGCAAAAAGAUGUCCUGACCAACGCCAGUGCCUUGAAUGAGGUCAUCACCAGUACUAAAAAAUUUCUGGAGGAAAACCGGAGCAAGCUGAUGCCAGAUCAGAUUGCCAUGCUUGAGAGCAAGUUGGAAGAGGCUAAAAGCAAAGCCAAGCUCAUCAACCAGCGGGCGGAGGAGUCCAGGAAGGAUUUGGAGAAGGUUGUUACCACAGCCAUAAAACAGGAGAGUGAGAAGGCAGCAGCUGUUGAACGACUUGAAGAAAGUAAGAACAAAAUCGAGGGUCUCCUGGACUGGAUAUCCAACAUAGGAAAUGAAAACGAGAACAUUCUGGAUCAAACUGACCAUAUAAGCAAAGAGAAUGGAAACUUGCCAGAAGAAACCUCAGCCAAGGGACUGAUAAGAGAGGAUGAUGAUGCCAAUGGAAACGCUUUGCAGACCACUGAAAAAGAUUUUGGCAGAGAGACCAGCGGCAAGAACGAUGCCUCCCUGGACCUCGAUAAGCAGUAUGAGAGGGUCAAGGCCCACCAUCAGGAGAUUCUCUCCCAGCAGCAGGAUCUGAUCAUGGCCACCCAGUCAGCUCAGGCUCUACUCGACAAGCAAGCGAACGUGCUGUCUCCAGAGGAGAAGGAGAAACUGCAGAAGAACAUCCAGGACCUGAAGGGACGAUACGAGGCCUCGCUGACGCAGGCUGAACAGCGGAUGAAGCAGGUGCAGUGUGUCCAAGAGGAGCUGAAAAAGUUCCAGGAUGAUUCUGAAGAGUUUGAGGCCUGGUUAGACCAGGCUGAAGGCCAGAUAGAGAAGCUUGGAGCUCCUGCAGGUUCCCUCAACAUCCUCAGUGACAAACUACAACAACAGAAAAGCUUCUCGGAAGAUGUGAUUUCUCACAAAGGGGACCUUCGCUUCAUCACCAUUUCAGGGCAAAAAGUGCUGGAUGUGGCUAAAGCCUGUGGAGUGGAUGAUCCUGCAGCUAAGAAUGCUCCAGUGCAGGUGGAUACUUCAGGAACGUGUGCUGCUGUCAAGGAUCAGUUGGAAUCAGCAGCCAGUAGAUACAAAACAUUACAUUCACAGUGCGCUCAGCUUGGCAUCAACCUCAAAGAUGUGGUUGACAAAUACAAGAAAUAUGACGACUCGAGCGUUGGUCUUUUGACGUGGCUCAACAGCUCAGAGGAGGAGGCAAGAAAGCAGCAAUCAGAGGCCAUAGCAGCUGACCCCCAAACACUACAGAAACAGCUGGAGGAGACCAAGUCCCUACAAGGUCAGAUGACAGGACAUCAGACUGCUAUUGACACGCUACGCAAAACAGCUGAGUCUCUGAUAACAUCUGAUGGAGAUCUGCUGAGCAACACAGAUGAGAUCCAGGAGGCAGUAGAUGACAUAGUUGAGCGCUAUGACAACCUGUCCAAGUCUGUAAGUGAUCGAAAUGAGAAGCUGCAGAUCACCCUAACUCGCUCCAUGAGUGUCCAGGACGGUUUGGAUGAGAUGAUGGGAUGGAUGGAAGGUGUGGAGGCCAGUGUAAAAGAAAAAGGACAAAUUCCUCUGGACUCUGCAUCCAUUGGAGAUAUUCUCAGCAAAGAAGCAGCAUUAGAGCAGGACAUAGCAAGUCGCCAGAGCAGCAUCUCGGCCAUGAAAGCCAAGGUAAAGAAGUUUGUGGAGACGGCGGAUCCUUCUGCUGCUGCUCUCCUGCAGUCUAAGAUGGAUGCUCUCACCCAGCGUUUCUCUGAUGCCUGUGAUAAGCAUAAGCAAAAAGUUUCCCAUCUGGAGCAGCUGAAGGAAAAGGUGGAAGAAUUUGAGAAGGUCGCAGAUAAAGUUCAGCAGUUUGUUGUGAAGCGUUCCCAAGAUCUACACGAGACGGACGGGCCAGGGAAAACUUUCAGUGAACUUUCUCAGCUAAUGCAGGAUACUAAAGGUGAGAUGGCUGAACAUGCCAAUGAUUUGGAGACUCUUGAGACACUGUCCAAGGAGCUGUCUGAAAUGAGCCCUGAUGGAAACAAAACCCAUAUCCAGAGCAAGAUGGACAAUCUUUCAAAUAUUUUCAGCACCUUCAAAGACACUGUCAAAGAAAAGGAAGAGGAAGUAUCAUCCUGUCAGGACCAGCUGGGAGAGUUCAGAUCUGCAGCUAGCGUUCUCACCAAGUGGCUGGAGCAGACCAAUGAGAAAGUGCCUGUGGUCCAGCCAAGCAGCAGUGAGAAAAGUUUGGAGAAGGACCUGCAGACAGUCACUGGUUUAUUGGAUGAAUGGACAUCCAAAGGCCCUUCUGUCCAAGACCUGAACAGUAAAGGAUCGGCUCUGUGCAGUCUCAUCACCUUCCUCACAUCCCCUGCCAAGACAAAAACUCCUAACAAGCCAGCUCUUACUAAUGGUGGUGGUCCAGGGAAUCAUUCCUACCUAACCAACAAAGAGCUGAUGGUAAUUCAGCAUAGCAUGUCGUUCGUCAACGAGGGAUACACAAGUCUCGGGGAAACGCUGAAGAGUCGAGCAGCACAGCUGAGUAGUUUGGUGCAAGAGGUCAAAGAGGCCAAAAAGGAGACCGAUGAGAUGAUGGCAUGGCUGAAGGACAUGAAAAAGGCUGCAGCUUCCUGGAACAAUGCAGCCACGGAAAAAGAUUCAGUGAAAACACAGCUUGAACAGCAGAAGGCUUUUGAGGAUGACAUGAAGCAAAAACAGGAGCAGCUCCAGAAGCUCAGAGAGAAGCUCCUCAACUUGAUUAAGACUCAUCCAAACUCCCCUGAGGCAGCAAAAUGGAAGCAGAUGCUGACAGAAAUAGAUGCUGCUUGGGCAGAUAUCAGCGGUUCUGUAGAAGAGAGGAAGCAGCACCUAGAACAGUCCAACAAGAAUCUGGACAUCUUCCAAACUGCUGAGCUGCAGCUUGGUCAGUGGCUUUCAGAGAAAGAGCUGAUGAUGAGUGUCCUUGGACCUCUCUCCAUAGAUCCCAACAUGCUUAAAAUGCAGAAGCAACAAGUUCAGAUCCUCCAGAAUGAAUUUAAGAGCCGUAAACCUCAGUAUGAACAACUUGAGGAAGCUGCUUCUGCCAUCCUGAGCUCCUCAGGCAAACAGGAUCCCUCAAGUGGGAAGCUGGUCAGAGAGCAGCUUGCUGCCGUCACCCAAAAGUGGCAAGGCCUCACAGGACAGCUGGACCAGAGAGACAGCCUCAUCGACCAGGCUGUGGUGAAGACGGGGCAGUUUCAGGAGCUGCUGAGGAGUCUCAGUCAGACCACCACUCAGCUGGAGAAUCAGCUCACCAACCACCAGGGCCACAGCACCCAACCCGAUGCUGUCAAGAAGCAGUUGGAGGAUGUCAAUAACAUCUCAAGUCAGCUGAGAGAGGAGAGGAAGAAGCUGAAGGAGGCUGAGGCCAUCAAUGCAGAGCUCACAGCGAUGGUGACUGAGGACUAUCUGAAAGCAGACUUAGCCAGGCAGCUGGAGAGUGUCAGCAAGCCUUUCAAACAGCUGGAAGAAAAAGCAGCAAAACGGAUUGAGCAGCUCAACUCGACCUUUGCCAGCUCUCAGCAGUUCCAUCAAACCUCCAAAGACUUCCAGUCAUGGCUGAGUGAGAAGCUUCAGGACCAGUCUAAGCCCCAAACCAUCUCUUGCAAAGUGGAUGUCCUGCAGCAAACCCUGGAGGAGCACAGUAAACUCCAGAAGGCUCUCAGUGAGCAUGAGCAAGCUUAUAGCACAAUCAUUGGGGAAGGGGAGAUGCUUCUGCAGAACACUGACGGCGCUGAAAAGCUUGCUUUACAAGGACAGCUUACUUCACUGUCUUCCAACUGGGAGGAGGUGAAAAAGAGCUCUGUGGAAGAGGAAGACAAACUCCAGACUGCUCUGCAGAGAUCUCUGAAGUAUAAGGAGCAUGCUGAGAAGCUCAGCUCUUGGAUUCAAGAGUGUGAAGCUAGUGAGGGCAGAAUCAAACUCACUGUUGAUCCAGUUGCUGUGGAGAGCUCAAUUUCACAAGUGAAAGCUCUCCAGAAGGAUGUCGACAAGCACAGAGGGCUGGUAGAGCAGCUCAACACGGCUGCAGAUAGCCUUCUUGAGGUGGCCAACACGGACACUGAAGCUGUCAAAGAAGAGAAGGAUAUCAUUGGCAAAAAAGUGGACAACAUAGUAGAAGGUUUGCAGAACAAAAGGGAGUCACUGGAGAAGAUCUCACACACCGUUAAGGAAUUUAAUGAUGCUUACAAAGAGGCUAAGGGUCACUUCGAGGGGGCUAAGAAGCAGGUGGAUGCCUAUGAAUCACAAGGAGUGCAAGCACACAGCAACAAGAACCUGACCAACAUGAAAGCCCAACUUAAGAGCUUAGAGGGUGUGCAAAACCAAGUAGAGCACCUGAAGAGCUUGGCCAGGGACCUUGUGGUAGAUGUCCCAGAUGCUGAUGGAGUGACAGACCUCUUACUGCAGGCCGACAGCGUAGAAAAAGACUACAGUACCCUUAACAAGAAACUAGAGGAGACAUGCCAAGUCUUGGAGGGUAAACUGCAGGGUAUUGGGCAGUUCCAAAACAGCAUCCGUGAGAUGUUCACUCGUUUCACAGACCUGGAUGAUGAACUGGACAGCAUGGCUCCUGUGGAUCUUGAUUUGGCCACACUUAAAGAACAGCAGGACAGCAUUCAGUGCUUUGUGGCUAAGCUGCAAGAGCUAAUGGCCAACACAGCCAAUGCUGGAGACAGCUGUAAGAAAAUGCUAGAGACUGAAACCUCACCUGACCUGUUAGGCCUGAAGAGGGAUCUGGAUGCUCUGAGUAAGCAGUGCGGUAAACUCCUGGACAGGGCUAAAGGCAGAGAGGUGCAGGUACAGAGUACUCUCACCAAACUAGAGGAGUUGUACGAUAAAUUCCAUCAAGCGGAAGAUAAACUUUGUAAAGCUGUGGCCAAGGAGGCGUCUCAGGAGGCUGUCGGCAUGGAGACAGAUGUCAUCAACCACCAGCUGGAGGCCUUUAAGGCUUUCCAGAAAGAGGACAUUGAUCCAUUGCAGACGCAGCUUCAAGACAUCAACUCCCUUGGCCAGGGUCUGAUCCAAACUGCUGCCAAAGGCACAAGCACCAAGAAGCUUGAGGAUGACCUGGAGGAAGUCAACACAAAGUGGAAUACCCUCAAUAAAAAGAUUGCUGAGCGUUCAGCCCAGCUGCACGAAGCCCUGUUGCAUUGUGGGAGGUUCCAGGAUGCUCUGGAGUCGCUGCUCAGCUGGCUGACUGAUACGGAGGAGCUCGUGGCCAAUCAAAAACCUCCUUCUGCAGAGUUCAAAGUCGUCAAGGCACAGAUACAAGAGCAGAAACUCUUGCAGAGACUGCUGGAUGACCGAAAGCCAACAGUGGAGCUGAUUAAAAAGGAGGGAGGGAAGGUUGCAGAAUUGGCGGAGUCUGUGGACAAGGAGAAGGUUGCAAAAGAGAUCGAAUGCCUGGGGCAGAGGUGGGAUGCUCUGCUAAAGAAGGCUGAAAACAGGCACAAACAACUAGAGAGCAUCUUAGUGGUCACCCAGCAGUUCCAUGAAACCUUAGAGCCCCUGAGCGAGUGGCUUGUAGCCACAGAGAAACACCUCAUCAACUCUGAACCCAUCGGCACCGAGACGUCUAAGCUAGAAGAUCAGAUCUCUCAGCACAAGGCCUUAGAGGAGGAGAUAAUGAAUCAUAGUAAAGACCUGUUGCAGGCUGUCAGUUUGGGUCAGAAGCUCAAAACUGUGAGCUCAAUGGACGAUAAGGAAUUUGUUCAGUCCAAACUGGACGCCACCCAGGCCAGUUACAUAGAGCUCCAGGAGCGAUGCAGGAGGAAAGCGGAGAUGCUGCAGCAAGCUCUGGCAAACGCCCAGCUGUUUGGAGAGGACGAAGUGGCCCUCAUGAACUGGCUCAGCGAGGUGCACACAAGGCUAAAUGAAGUGUCCGUGGAGGACUACGAAACAGAUGUUCUUGAAAAGCAGCUGGCAGAACAGCGGGUCCUGCAAAGUGAUAUUGAGUUGAGGAAGAAGAAUGUUGACCAGGCCAUCUGUAAUGGGAUGGAGCUUCUGAAGCAAACAACAGGUGAUGAGGUGAUUGUUAUCCAAGGCAAGCUGGAUGGAAUAAAAACAAAGUACGCUGAGAUAAACGCUAUGAGUGACAAUGUUUUGAAGAAAAUGGAGCGAGUUUUGAGUCUUUCUGCUAAGUUGCAACAGACGCACGAGGACCUGAGCUCCUGGCUUGAAAGCACAGAGUCUGAGACGAGAACUUUUGCUGAUCAGGAGUCAGCGGGCGAGCAGCUCCUUCAUGCACAAAGCAGACAGAGGGCCUUACUUAAGGAGACCAAAGACCAAAGACCUGUGGUGGACAAGCUGAAUGAGUUGAGCAGCUCUCUCUUGGAUCUGAUUCCCUGGCACACUCGCGAGGCUCUAGACAAGCUGGUGACUGAAGAUAACGAGCGGUACAGAGCCGUCUGCGAUGCCCUCACCCAGCAGGUCGACCAGAUCGACGCUGAUAUACUCAAGUCACAGCAGUUUGAACAGGCUGCAGACACUGAACUCUCUUGGCUGACUGAAGCUGAGAGGAAGUUGCUGUCGAUGGGUGAGAUCAUGCUAGAGCAGGAUCAAACCACAGCCCAGCUCCAAGCACAGAAGAUCUUCUCCAUGGACAUUAUGAGGCACAAAGAUGCAGUGGAUGAUAUUGUGAAAACAGGAAACGCCAUCAUGAACAACAAAAACCCAGAGGAGAAAGAAAUCCUGAAGGCUAAGACCCAGACUCUCUUGGAGAAGUAUGGUAUCGUCAGUCAGCUGAACUCGGAGCGCUGUCUGCAGCUGGAGCGAGCCCAGUCUCUUGCCAGUCAGUUCUGGGAGACCUACGAGGAGAUGUGGCCGUGGCUUCAGGAAACUUUGAGCACCUUCAGCCAGCUGCCUCCACCUGCCAUUGAGUACGACACACUCAGGCAGCAGCAAGAGGAACUCAGGCAAAUGCGGGAACUGAUUGCAGAGCAUAAACCCCAUAUUGACAAGAUGAAUAAGACUGGGCCUCAGUUACUUGAACUCAGCCCAGUGGAGGGGGUGCCCAUCAGAGAGAAGUACACAGCUACAGACCAACUUUACACCAAACUCAAGGCUGAUGUGAAGCGGAGAGCUGAUACUCUGGAUGAGGCCAUCUCCAAAUCCACACAGUUCCACGAUAAAAUUGACCCGAUGCUGGAAUCCCUGGAGCGGAUUGCUGAACGCCUGCGUCAGCCUCCUUCCAUUUCAGUGGAGGUGGACAAGAUCAAGGAGCAGAUUACAGAAAACAAGUCCGUGUCUGUGGAUUUGGAGAAACUGCAGCCUUCUUAUGAGACACUGAGGCAGCGAGGCGAGGAGAUGGUCGCCCGAUCUGAAGGAGCCGACAAGGACAUAUCAGCCAAAGCUGUACAAGACAAACUGGACCAGAUGGUGUUCCUAUGGAGUGACAUCCAGGCCUUAGUAGAGGAGCGGGAGGCGAAGCUGCUGGAUGUGAUGGACCUGGCAGACAAGUUUUGGUGUGACCACUGCGCUCUCAUCAUCACCAUUAAAGACAGCCAGGACCUGCUGAGAGAGCUGGAGGAGCCCGGAGUCGAUCCAUCAGUCGUCAAACAGCAGCAGGAGUUUGUGGAGGGAUUUAAAGAGGAGAUUGACGGGCUACAGGAAGAGCUUGAUGCGGUUCAAAACCAAGGUGCAGAGCUCAUGACUGCCUGUGGGGAACCUGAUAAACCUGUGAUAAAGAAAAGUAUUGAUGAGGUGAAUUCAGCGUGGGAAAAUCUCAAUAAGACAUGGAAGGAGAGAGUGGAGAGGCUGGAAGAAGCCAUGCAAGCUGCUGUACAGUUUCAGGAUGGCCUGCAGGGUAUGUUUGACUGGGUGGAUAUUCUGGAGAGCAAACUGGAUUCGAUGUCACCUGUGGGCACAGACCUGGAAACUGUCAAGCAGCAGAUUGUAGAGCUCAAGGAGUUCAAAGGAGAGGCUUACCAGCUUCAGAUCGAAAUGGAGCGCCUGAACCACCAAGCAGACCUCCUGCUGAAAAAGGUGACGGAGGAAGCUGAUCGCUGCGCCAUCCAGGAGCCAAUGUCUGAGCUCAAAAUGCUCUGGGACAACCUGGAUGAGAAGCUCAUCAGCCGACAGCACAAACUGGAGGGAGGCCUUCUGGCACUGGGCCAGUUCCAGCAUGCACUGGACGAGCUGCUGGCCUGGAUGAGCCACACCGAGGAGCUACUCAACGAGCAGAGAAAGGCUGGAGGAGACCCCAAAGCCAUCGAGAUAGAGCUCGCCAAGCAUCACGUUCUCCAAAAUGAUGUGUUAGCUCAUGAGGCAACAGUUGAGACAGUCAAUAAAGCCGGUAAUGAUCUGGUGGAGUCCAGCGCUGGAGAGGAAGCUUCAAGUCUGCAGAGCAAACUGGUGAACCUGAAUCAGCGGUGGAAAGCCAUCCUGGAGAAGACAGAGCAGAGGAAGCAACAACUGGAAAGUGCUCUGCUUCAGGCCCAAGGUUUCCAUGGUGAAAUAGAAGAUAUGCAGCAAUGGCUGAAAGACACAGAACGUCAGCUGUUGGCAUCAAAGGCUGUGGGAGGCUUACCAGACACGGCCCGGGAGCAGCUUAACGCCCAUCUGGAGUUGUGUUCUGCCUUCGAGGCAAAGGAGGAGCUGUAUCAGGAGUUGUUGAACAAGGGUCGUCAGCUGCUCGCCGUGACGCCCGAAGGCCCAGACAGCAACACAGAACAGGACCUCGCCAACCUGAAGGACAAGUGGGAAGCUGUGCAAGGGAAGGUGGCUGAAAGGAAGGUGAAACUAGAGGAAGCCUUGACGCUGGCCACAGAUUUCCACAAUUCUCUGCAGGACUUCAUAAACUGGCUGACACAGGCAGAGCAGACACUGAACAUGGUUUCCCCUGCCUCCCUCAUACUGGAGACCAUCAUGUUUCAGAUUGAUGAGCAUAAGAUGUUUGUGACAGAGGUGAACUCCCACAGGGACCACAUCAUUGAACUGGACAAGACAGGAACACAUCUGAAAUACUUCAGCCAGAAACAGGACGUGGUCCUGAUCAAGAACCUGUUGCUCAGUGUGCAAGGCCGCUGGGAGAAACUGGUGCAGCGGUCCGUUGAGCGAGGUCGUCUGCUGGAUGACGCCAGGAAGAGGGCGAAACAGUUCCAUGAAACUUGGAAUAAACUGAUGGAGUGGUUGGAUGAAUCUGAGAAGACUCUGGACUCAGAAGUGGAAAUUGCCAAUGAUCCGGACAAAAUCAAGACACAGCUGGUGCAGCACAAGGAGUUCCAAAAAGCUCUUGGCAGCAAACACUCAGUGUACGACACCACCACUCGGACAGGACGGGCGCUGAAAGACAAGACUUCCCUACAGGAUGAUAAUCAAAAGCUGGACGACAUGCUUAGUGAAUUGAGGGACAAAUGGGACACUGUUUGUGGCAAAUCAGUAGAGAGACAAAACAAACUCGAAGAAGCCCUGUUGUUCUCCGGCCAGUUUACGGAUGCUCUCCAGGCUCUCAUUGACUGGCUGUACCGAGUGGAACCUCAGCUGGCUGAGGAUCAGCCGGUGCAUGGAGACAUAGACCUGGUUCUCAACCUCAUAGACAACCACAAGGUCUUCCAGAAGGAGUUGGGAAAGAGGACAGUGAGCGUUCAGGCCCUCAAACGUUCAGCCAGGGAGUUGAUUGAGAGCAGCCACGAUGACUCGUCUUGGGUCAAAGUGCAGAUGCAGGAGCUGAGCAUGCGCUGGGAGACGGUGUGCAACCUCUCGGUGUCCAAACAGGCCCGGCUGGAGCAGGCCCUUUGCCAGGCUGAGGAGUUUCACUCUACUGUUCAUAUCCUGCUGGAGUGGCUGGCUGAGGCAGAGCAGAGUUUGCGUUUUCAUGGCACCUUGCCUGAUGAUGAGGAGGCUCUGCAGGCGCUAAUUGAACAACACAAGGACUUCAUGAAAAAACUGGAGGAAAAGCGAGUGGCUCUGAAUAAAGCAACCAGUAUGGGGGAGGCUAUUCUGUCCAUCUGCCAUCCAGAUUCUAUCACGACCAUCAAACACUGGAACACCAUCAUUAAGGCCCGGUUUGAAGAGGUGCAGGCUUGGGCCAGGCAGCACCAGCAGCGACUCGCUACGGCCCUCACUGAGCUAUUAGCCACUCAGGAGCUGCUGGAGAAUCUGCUGACCUGGCUACAGUGGGCUGAGACCAACCUCAAUGAUAAGGACAAGGAGCCACUUCCGCAGGAGAUCGAGGAGGUCAAAAGCCUCAUAGCAGAACACCAGGCAUUCAUGGAGGAAAUGACCAGGAAGCAACCAGAUGUUGACAAAAUCACCAAGACACACAAAAGGAAGGCUGCUGUGGAGCCCCAGAAUCAGUCUCAGAUCCCUGUGCUCGGCAAAGGAAGAGCUGGAAGAAAACGUUCCCCCACACAAACCAUGUACACGUCAGCAACACAAGUUCCCAUUGAAACCAAGAACCCGCGAGUGAACCUGCUGGUCACUAAGUGGCAACACGUGUGGCUGCUGGCUUUGGACAGAAGGAGGAAACUCAAUGAUGCCAUGGACAGACUGGAGGAGCUGAAAGAAUUUGCCAAUUUCGAUUUCGACGUGUGGCGGAAGCGCUACAUGCGGUGGAUGAACCACAAAAAGUCUCGUGUCAUGGACUUUUUCCGCCGCAUUGACAAAGAUCAAGAUGGCAAGGUGACCCGACAGGAGUUUAUAGAAGGCAUUCUCUCCUCCAAAUUCCCCACCAGUCGUCUGGAGAUGAGCGCUGUGGCAGACAUAUUUGACCGAGACGGUGACGGCUACAUUGAUUACUAUGAGUUUGUGGCAGCUCUUCAUCCCAACAAGGAUGCCUACAAACCACUGACAGAUGCUGACAAAAUUGAAGAUGAGGUGACACGUCAAGUAGCAAAGUGCAAAUGUCCGAAACGAUUCCAAGUGGAGCAAAUUGGUGCCAACAAAUAUCGGUUCUACCUUGGAAACCAGUUUGGUCUGGUUCACUGCUUACAUGACUCCUUAAUCGGCGAUGAGACAAUAGCAAACAGGGAAAAUCAAAAUCUUACCCCCCACCUACACGUUGCAGUUUUGGAAAGCUGUAUCCUGUUUGGAGACUCUCAGCAGCUUCGGCUCGUACGGAUUUUGCGCAGCACUGUGAUGGUGCGGGUGGGUGGAGGCUGGAUGGCUCUGGAUGAGUUCCUGGUGAAGAACGACCCCUGUCGAGUUCAUCACCACGGGAGCAAAAUGUUGCGCUCGGAAUCAAACUCUUCAAUUACUCAGUCUCCUAUAGGUUGGCAAAUCUCACACUUUCUCACCUUGCUCCAUGAACCCACCAGUGCUAAAGGCAGGACCAACAUGGAGCUGCGAGAGAAGUUCAUCCUCCCAGAGGGAACCACUCAGGUGAUGGCGAGCUUCCGCUACCGAGGCCGGAGGUCUCGGCCGUCGUCCAGAGGGGCUUCUCCCAACAGAUCCACUUCCAGUCAGAGCUGUCCAGUCCCAACAAACCCAGCAGCAACCAGUACAGUCAAGACUCCCCAACACAUUACCCGCAAUUAUGAUAAGCCCUGGCUUACAAACAGCAAACCCUCCACUCCUCUUAAAUCAUCAGACUCCUUUGGGAGCCAAGGUUCAUCCUCAGAGGGUACGCCAGUUCAAGGCAGCAAGUUACGUCUUCCUGGGUACUUAUCAGGCAAAGGAUUUCAGUCUGGUGAAGAGGGAACCCUAAUCAGUGCUGCUGUUCUAAAAGCUCGAACACAAACAAUAGGUGAGUCAAGAAAAAAUUCCAGCCGACCUGGAAGUAAAGCCGGAAGCAGAGGAAGCAGUCGCAGAGGAAGUGACGCCUCCGACUUUGACAUCUCUGACAUCCAGUCUGUGUGCUCAGACAUGUCUGAGACGGUCGGUGAUUCAAUCCGAGCGACGCCGCGCUCUGCGUCCCGUCAACACGGAGGAAAACCCUCCAAGAUCCCCACUCCUCAGAGAAGAACCACUCCUACAAGCAAACUGGCCAAGGGAUCCAAGCGAUAGUCAGUGGCCUUGAAAACAAAACAAACAACCCAGGAGCUAGUUGCACCCUAAACAUGUAACGGACACUGGAGAUAUCUAACUUAAAAGACUGCAAAUGUGUUGAGCGUUAUUUAAAUUGUUGCGAAGAUGUAAAAUAUUCUGUUUAGAGGCAAUAUGGUUUAAUAUUAUGUGAGAAUGGAACAUUAAUGGCCUUGUGUAUUUGUUUUUAAUGUAUUUAUUUUUUGUGAAAAAUGUCAAAUUGUUUUUAUUGUAUUUUAUUUUAUUAAUGCAAAACCUGUUUGACGAACACUAGAAAACCUGGGAACGGCUACGUUGUAUGGUUAACUAACAUAAACACACUAAUGAAGGGCAACACGCAGGAUAGCGCUCUGAGAGUUACUGAAUGUACUGUAAUUUAUGUUUGCUGAUGUUUGGAGUAGGUGGUACAUUAUGGUACCAUUUGAGGCACUGCAAUUAUCUAUUUAAGUGCUAUGAUAUACUGCCAACAUGCAUUUAAAGGGCAAUGCAAUAUACUACAAUAAACCCCAGUAAGCACUGCAGAAACCUUUGAAAAACACUAUUUAAGGCAAGUAGCAGAAACCUCGUAAUCAUGAAGCUUUUAAGUCCUGUUUGUUUGUGAGCAGCUGCAGUCCCUGUUUUGUUUGACCACUUCACAGCAGUGUGUGCAUUGACCUUUAAGAAGUGCCACUCCAUGUAGACAUUCUCUUGUGCAACUGUGUCAAUGUAUGGUUAAUUUCGGUAGAGCUGAAAUUGUUACUGUAACAUUACUUUGUAAUAAACCUGCUUGCAGAAAACCACCUGA